AUGUCUUUACAAAAUCUUCCACCGGAGAUUCUACACCAUGUUAUCGAGGAGUCUAUGCCAGAGGGGUUUGAGAAUCUUCUGUUAAGCUGCCGUUACGUAUAUGAAUGUGGAAAACCUCUAAUCGAAACGAACAAAACGCGUAAACAAAAAUGGCGUCGUUUUUUCUUGAGAUCUAAUAAAGACUAUAUGUCUUCGCUCUCUCGACUAAACCAAAUCGCCCGCAAUCCGGCCCUUGCAAGGUACAUUGAGGUCGCUUGGUUCGGAUUGGUCUAUGAGGAACUCAAACAACCUACAAAUUUCGAUAUAAGUCCUCUAAGAAACUUCAUUACAGAAUCACCGUAUCUGCGCAAGGCCGGUGUAAACACGGAAAAAUGGGCACAGACUAUACUUUUCGGUCCUCAGACCGAUUUCGAAAAAUUCUCAGCACUCCUCCAAGCUUUCGUUCUCACUCUGCUGCCAAAUGUCAGGACAGUACGUCUCACAUCGCAGAUGUCGUACUCCUUGUACCCACCAGUUGAAAACUUCCCACAGAGUCAGAAUUACUACCCACAGGUGUGGAAUGUAUUGGAAACAAUCAGACGGAAUAUUGAUGCCAACCCCCAAGGAGCAUCACUUGGGAAAUUGACUACAUUGCUAGUGUCAGAACAUCUUGGAUACAGCGAAAAAUUUAUCCUACGCAGCGUAUCGGCCUUCUUAGCUUUGCCAAGCCUCACCAAACUGUCCAUAACCAAUUGUGUUGCGACCAAUGAUGACAUGUCAUCCUUCCCAUUCGUUUGGCAUUAUCCUAAUAUCAAUUCCAACCUACGCUAUAUCGAACUGGACAACGGCUGCAUGGAUGCUGCCUGUGUCUCCGAGUUACUCUCACAUACCCCUCAUCUGGUGUCCUUCAAAUUUCUUCAAGCAGCCAAACACCACGGCGUCCAUUAUCAUUGGAAUCCUGGGGCUUUUAUCGAGGCAAUCGGGAAGCAUCUUGGUGACCAUCUGGAGGAACUUGCCGUGACCGUGGAUGAUGUUUACGGCCACCUCGAAAGCGGAGUCAAGUCUUUGAAGGCCUUCAAAAAGCUAAAGUCUUUAGAACUUUGUAACAAUGUCUUCUGCGAAACCGAUCAGACUAUAGAGCAAGAAGGAAACACCUAUUCAAAACUAGCGAAUGAUGGAUAUGUGCCGCCUCUAAUCGACAUGCUCCCUCCCUCACUAGAAAACUUCCAUUUAUUCAUUAUUAACAAUUGCCGGAAAUUUCAUAUCAAUACGAUGAGGAGUCUGCUCGACAAUUUUGCGGCUGGCCGUCCAAGGCUUCUACCUAACCUAAAAGAGUUCGGCAUUCGAUGCACUGUCUGGAAUAUCCAGGAGUCAGACUUGGACGAAAUUACUUCUCUUGCUGCGUCCCAGGGGGUGUCUUGGAUCUCCAGAAAAGGGAUUCAACCGCUAUGGAAGGAGCGACGCGAGGAACUUGGCGAUGGUCUUGACGACGAGGAGUCAAUAUACGAAUUCGAAAGCGAUGAGCCUGAAAGCGACAAUGGCUCUGAUAGCGUGCAUUCGGAUGAUAAUGAGGCCGAUGAAUGA